AUGAUCCAUAGGACAGGGGACAGCGGGUGGAAUGACGAGCUAAGGAAUCGGAUCAGGCAAGUUGAAGCUCACCAUGUAGCGAUGCCUCCGAGCGCGCUCUCUCCCCAGGAAUCUAUCACGCACAUCCUCGAUGCGCUCAGGCAUAAUGAUCAUCCGCUGGCGGAUACCGGCGCCUCCAUGCUGCUCAAGAUGUCGACCGAUCGCUUCAAGCUGCAGCUGCGGUGGAUGGUGGGAACGGCGUCUGCGUCGGCGCUCUCCGGGGUGUUUCGGAACCCAUCAUCUCAGUUUCACCUGCUCAUGUGCGACUAUGAGCACAGCUUUCCCUCAGACGCCUACUUCAUCGAUGAAGACCGCGUCUUCCUCGAGGUACAGCUCGACUCCUGCACGGCUGCGGGACAAGCCUGGUCAGGGAUGCUUGCCAAGCUUGGCUGGGAGCUGAAGCGAGCUCCGGACGGGCGCUGGCUGACCGACUUUGUGAUAUGGCAUGACUUCCGCGAUGAGUUUCGUCCGGGCAUCGGGCAAGAGGAAUGGCCUCGCAUCUGCGGGUGA